AUGGGUCUGGAGUCGGAGGGGGUGCCGGAACCCGACCCCUCUGGGGAACCACGGGAGGAAGAGACCAGCCUCCUCGAUUUCGAGGGGCCAGUCGAGACACCUCCUGGGGGUCAACUGAGGGGACAAUUCAGGACGGCCCAGUGGGAGGACCCUAACUUGAAAAGUCCAAGUGAUAGCAGUGAAUGGACAGCUACUUCCGGGGGGAAGGUUCUGAACACAGACCUGCGCCACUACCUUAGCCUGCAGUUCCAGAAGGGCUCGUUGGAUCACAAGCUGCAGCAGGUCAUCCGAGACAACCUCUACCUGCGCACCAUCCCCUGCACCACGCGGCUGCCCAGAGAAAGGGAGGUACCGGGUGUGGACUACAACUUCAUCAGCGUGGAAGACUUCCGUAUCCUGGAGGAGAGUGGCCUUCUGCUGGAGAGUGGAACCUACGAUGGUAACUACUAUGGGACCCCAAAGCCCCCAGCGGAGCCCACACUGGUGCAGCCUGACCUGGUGGAUCAGGUGCUGUUUGAUGAGGACUAUGACAACGAGGUCCAGCGUAAACGCACCACGUCCGUCAGCAAGAUGGACAGGAAGGACAGUGUGGUCCCUGAGGAAGAAGACGAUGAUGAGAGGCCACCUCUGGCCAACGGCCUCCCAGAGCAAAAAGAAGGGGCAUCGUGGAGGAAGGCGGUGCCCAGCUACACCCAGUCCAGCAGUGCCAUGGACUUCCGUAUGUGGAGCUCUCUGCCCGGCGAUGACAGCCUGGAACCCCUGCCUCUCAACUGGGAGAUGGCCUACACUGAGACGGGCAUGGUCUACUUCAUAGAUCACAACAGCAAGACCACCACCUGGCUGGACCCYCGCCUGGCCAAGAAGGCCAAGSCCCCAGAGAAGUGUGAGGAUGGAGAGCUUCCGUAUGGCUGGGAGGAGAUAGAGGACCCACAGUAUGGAACAUAUUAUGUAGAUCACAUCAACCAGAGAACCCAGUUUGAGAACCCAGUCCUGGAGGCUAAGAGGAAGCUGAGCCAGGAGACUACUGUCUCUAUCCAGCAGGGGGCACCACCUCCUCCAGGUGAGGGGGGUGCGUCAGGCUUCACCCCAGACCCGUCCCAGCUGCAGGGGGAGAUGUUCCACACUGCUCUGAGGAAAAGCUCCCAGGGCUUUGGCUUUACCAUCAUAGGGGGCGACCGCCAUGACGAGUUCCUGCAGGUGAAGAACGUCCUCAGCGACAGCCCUGCUGCCCAUGACAACAAGAUCUCCUCCGGCGAUGUGAUCGUGGAGAUCAACGGGAAAUGUGUGCUGGGGAAGACCCACCCUGAGGUGGUGCAGAUGUUCCAGUCCAUCCCAGUAAGUCAGUAUGUUGAUAUGGUGCUGUGCCGCGGCUACCCGCUGCCCCCAGACGUGGCGGAGGACACCGAGAACCCCCCACCUCCUCCGCCCCUACAGGGAGGCGAGGUGGUGACGGCCGUGCCCCUCAUCAAUGGCCAGCCSCUGCUGGUGAAGGGCGACGUGCUGCACGGCUCCUCCCAGGAGCUCCACUACGUCACCACCGACGCCAGCGGACGGCCSAUGGUGGCCGCGCUGCCCAACGGGAGGCUCUCUGAGCAGGGGGGAACAGGCCUGCUGCAGCCCGAGCUGGUGAGCGUGCCCCUGGUGAAGGGCCCGGGAGGGUUUGGCUUUGCCAUCGCAGACUGUCCCCUUGGCCAGAAGGUGAAGAUGAUCCUAGACGCCCAGUGGUGCCGCRGCCUGCUUAAAGGGGACGUGAUCAAGGAGAUCAACCGUCAGAAUGUUCAGACUCUGAGCCACGCCCAGGUGGUGGACAUCCUCAAAGACCUACAGGUGGGGAGCGAGGUCAACGUGCUGGUGCUCAGAGGAGGUCAGGCAUCUCCUGUGAAGAGCCUGAAACCUAGGCAGGAAAUGACAUCUAGCACAGAGACUCUGGACUGUGUCACAGACUCUGUCCCCCAGGCCCUCCCUUACCACUCCAACACUUCAACCUUGCGCAACAACUCCCCCAAACGAGACGCCACAGAGAUGUACCUCAAGUCCAAGGCCCUGCUGGAGAGCAAGCAGCCUCACACCAAAGACCUGGAUGUGUUCAUCAUGAGGGACCAGGAGACUGGCUUUGGCUUCCGUGUUCUGGGAGGAGAAGGUCCAGAGCAGCCAGUGUAUAUUGGUGCCAUCGUGCACCUUGGUGCAGCUGAGAAGGAUGGACGCCUGAGGGCUGGUGAUGAGCUCAUAGGCAUCGAUGGAAUCAUGGUCAAGGGCCGUUCCCACAAGCAGGUUCUGGACCUGAUGACCAACGCUGCCCGCAAUGGUCAGGUCAUGCUGACCGUGCGUCGGAAAGUCAUCUACAGAGAUAUGACUGAGGAGGAGGCAGGGCUCCACAUGGCUCCAGUGUUGGUGAACGGCUCCCCCAGASUCCCUCGUAUCCAGAUGCCCAGUGUGCUGGACCACGAGUCCUUCGACAUCACCCUCCACCGCAAGGACAGUGAGGGCUUCGGUUUCGUCAUCCUCACCUCCAAGAGCAAGCCCCCGCUAGGAGUGAUCCCUCAUAAGAUCGGGCGCAUCAUCGAAGGCAGCCCCACUGAGCGCUGUGGCCUGCUGAAUGUAGGCGACCGCAUCUCAGCGGUCAACGGGCGGUCCAUCGUGGGGCUGUCUCACAAUGACAUCGUUCAGCUCAUCAAGGAUGCUGGCAAUGCUGUCACCCUUACUGUGGUCCCCGAGGACGAAUACAAGGGCCCUCCCUCUGGAGCCAGCUCAGCCAAGCAGAGCCCCGCCCCUCAUCACAGAGCUAUGGGUCAGAGGUCAGCUAUGCAUGACGAGCGUUAUAACCUAGAUCUGGAGGAGGAGAAGAGGGASGGAGUCACCUGGGCUGACUACAAAACUCUGCCUCUGAGCGAACAGGGAACAAUGUGUGUUACAGGCCCCAAACAGCAUGUGAGUGUGUGUGUGUGCAUGCUUGCGUGUGUGUGUGUGUGUACAUAUGUGUGUGUGUACGCAUGCGCCACGCAGGGCUGUAUCACGGUGGAGCUGGACCGGGGGUCCCGGGGUUUUGGCUUCAGUCUGAGGGGAGGGACAGAGUACAACAUGGGCCUCUACAUCCUGAGACUGGCUGAGGAGGGGCCUGCCCUGCUGGACAGCAGGAUCCAUGUGGGGGAUCAGGUAGUGGAGAUCAAUGGAGAGCCGACCCAGGGGAUCACCCAUACCCGCGCCAUCGAGCUGAUCCAGGCUGGAGGCAGCAAAGUGCUGCUCCUGUUAAGGCCAGGGCAGGGUCUGGUACAAGACAACAGUAAAUUGGAUCCAACUGUCACUUCAUCCACAAGCUUUCCUAGAGAGGCGCUUGUCUCAGAGACAUCCCCUCUCGCUUCUCCAUUCUCCACCUGCACCUUCACCUCAGGUUCCUCCUCUUUCACCAGCGAGACCCCUGACUGGAACUCCCUGUCCCCCCGAACGCUCCAUCCCCAGUGCAGCAGGGGCACUGGCUCAGUGGAGUGGAAUGGAGAGUGGGCAGACAGGCAGGCUGACAGGCUCUCUCCCAUCACCCCUGAGCAGAUCAACCUCUAUAAGAUCAAACCAGGUCAUAUCAGGUCUAAAGACUCCAAGGAGCCCAGCAGCCCAAAGAAAACAGGUGAAACAUUCUCUAAAGCCAAAGAGCACUCACAGAGUCCCAAAAAGUCUGAGAGGAAGGCACAGGAAGCAGAGCCAAGCAAAGACAGGAAGUCCCACCGACAGAAAGGAAGUCGGUCACCCAGCCCCAAGAAGUCUUCUCGAAAAAGACAGGAAGCCUCGAGCCAGCUGCAUGUAAAGAAACAGCAGGUACAGCAGAGCACAUCAAAGGAGCUUUCCAGCAAGGAGCCCUUUGAUGAAAACAAAAACAGCAAAAGGGGAGAUUCAAAGGGCAGGAAAAGCACAGAGGAGAGAGAAGGGAUAACGGGAACGACCACGGCUGCCCAUGGCCAGGUCAGUAUUGAAAAGAAAGUGGGGACAGAGGCAGGACAUCACAGGCCAACCUCUAUGGAGACAGGGGCAUGGAGAGAUAUUCUGAAAGUUACUCUAGAGAAGAGUAAACCUCGAGAUGGAGAAAAGGAAAAACGCAAAGAGCAGACAAGCAAAAAAUACAUCGAGGCUUCCUUAAAAGAGGGAAAGACUAGAAAAUAUUAUGGGGCCUCUACAACAGAGGAAACAAGUAUAAAAGACACACAGGCCUCUCCAAAUGCCAUUCAGCAGGAUCCUCUGAACCAAAAGGGUCAGAUUAGCCCUGGCCCCUGGAAAGUCCCCAGCUCAGGCAGAAUCCUCUCCCAGGCUGAGGUGCUGCGUAAUCCCCCUUACUGAUACAGUAUGGACAACACUGUGUGGACACAUAAUCACACAGACUUGAGCUGUACCACAACAUGCUGUAUAUUGUUUGUCUGUUUCUUUCUGAGAGGGAUGGACAAGGAAUGGCAGGCAACCUUAUCGGCCAUGUGUCAUGUCCAUCUGUGUCCGUGAAGAGGACUUUUUUAAGCUCUAUUGGCCUUUGACAUUAGGAAUGGCAUGUAAAGCCAACGCUGUCAUCUCUCUUCCUGCCUCGUGUGCUGCUUCAGACAUCUCUGAUCUGGGCCAUACGCAUGUUUGGAAUGUUUAGGGCCUAUUCUUGGACAUCUUGUGGAAUGAAUACUAACCAUACUUCACCCAUUAUAAUGCAAUUAUUAUCCCAUAUGCAACCAAGCAGAAAGGUCUUUAACACACACAAAGUUAAGCUGUCAGUAAAGGUUUUAUUUUCAUGUUGGGUAUCUACAGCAAGCACCUUGGGAUUGGCCUUUUCACAUGGAACUCUUUUCCCAAGGGAUUUGCUCAACUGCAUGCAGUCUGUACGUUUAUUUUAUUGCACGCCUUUACCACUACACUGAGUAUGAUCCUUUCACCUGAUGUGAAAAUACUGAUGCCGAAGUUCUGACCUUAACACCAUGUAGAGAUUUCAGACUUUAUUCAGAAAGCAUUAGCUUUACGAAGGAUUCUAGACUGUUCUAAGACAAUAGACAUGAUUCGUGAAUACAAAAUAUAUCAUUACAAAAGACCAGAAACUUGUGGUUUGAGAUAUUGUUUACCAUGUGUAUGAUAACCUAUGUGUAAUUUAUUGAAAUUAUAGAUUAAUAUAGAUAUACAGUACCAGUCAACAGUUYGGACACACUUACUCA